AAGAAAACAAAAAAAAAGAUAAUAGGAGUGGUAAGAUGAAGUAUUUCGUAGUGGAAGCUGGUUCAUUUCUGUUGUGGAAGGAUUGAUGUCAAAGCGUUCGUGGCAAAACGUUCGGGACGGUCGAAUAAGGUACAAGUGUAUGAGGAAACGGUAUCCCUUGUUAAUCUAAUUCUUCGAUAAAUAUAAAUAAAAAUAAUAAUAAUAACAAAAUUAGGAAGGAACGAAAACAUCUUGACAACUUUCUUGGUCAAUAAAUCAAAAUGAACGAUACCGUAGAAAUGAAUUUGAAAGGUAAACAUUUAAUGGAUACUCAUGUGGAUGACAAAAAGUAAAUUGUCGAAAGGAAUCGGAUAAUAAAACGUAUAUGUACAUCGCGUACCGCAGACGGUAGUUGUAUAUAUUUGAAGUUCUCUUUCAAAAGAUGGAUGCGACGAUCGAGAGAGAGUGCAGCGCAUUAGGCGGUCUCUUUCAGCAGAUAAUUACUGAUAUGAAGAAUGGAACCCCACUUUGGGAAGACUUGAUCUCAAAAGCUACAAAACUGCAUUCAUCCUUAAGAGCUGCCAUUUUGGCAUUAUCAACGUAUUUAGAAUCUUUUCAAAAAAUUGCAGAUGUAGCGACUAAUGCUAGAGGUGCAACGAAAGAGAUUGGAACUGCUUUGACAAGAAUAUGUUUAAGGCAUAAAGCAGUUGAAAAUCGUAUGAAAUCAUUUACAAGUGCUAUAAUGGAUAAUUUGGUGAUGCCACUUCAAGAAAAAAUAGAAGACUGGAAAAGAUCUUUGAUUAAUUUAGAUAAGGAACAUGCCAAAGAAUAUAAAAAAGCAAGAGCAGAAUUAAAGAAAAGAUCGACUGAUACAUUGCGAUUACAAAAGAAAAAGGGCAGAAAGGGUCAAACUUCUCAUUUGCAUACUCAGAUACAGGGACAAAUUCAUGGAGUUGUCCAGAGUGAUGCUGAGUUUAAUAAAAUGUUAGAAUCUUCUGUUGCAGUCAUUCAGGAAAAGCGUUUAAGUUUGGAAGAGACUGAAAGGAAAGCUGUGCGUGCAGCUUUGCUUGAAGAACGUGGUAGAUUCUGUCUACUAGCUAGAUUUUUAAAACCAGUACUUGAUGAAGAGAUAGCAAUGUUAAUGGAAUUGACACAUCUUCAAGAAGUUUCCGAUCAAUUGCAAAGACACGCAGCCUUGCCGCAUCAUCUACCACCUGCAUCUGAACAAGUGAUAACAGAUAUAAAAGGCUGCGAUGUUACACAAUGGUCAUUAGCUACUCCUCCUUCUAGCCCUUCUUUAUCUUUAGGAUCAAGAAAAAGCUCUAUGUGUUCAAUCAGUUCUUUAACAAGCAGUAGCAGUGGAUCUUGUAAGAGUCAUCCAAGUCCAUCUGGACAUCCAUGGCACAGAUCCCUUUCUCAGUCCGUUGGUGCCAGGCCUUCCAGCAUCAGCAGUAUGGCAAUGCUGCGUCAUUUAACUAAUGGCAGCUCCCGUGAUUCUGGAUUCACUUCUCAAGAUACGUUAUAUACACAACCUAUUUCUGAACAUCAGGUAUCAAAUGUCUCUUCUCAAUAUAAUCAAAGUACUGGAUGUACUGUUACAAGACCUGUAACUACUUCGACUUGGCCUGAUUUACAGGAAACUUCUACUACGUUUGAUAGACAAAGUCAAAACACUGUUAACGAAAGGCCUCAUACAAUCUCUUCUGCUUACGAAAAGGGACAUCAAAGACCAGCACUUAGUGUUUACACAUUCCAAGCACCCGAUCAAGAGGGAAAUAAUUGUUGUCACAGUCAGCCAGCUUCUCCAGUUUCUUCUUCCUCUUCAUGCUCUUCCUCAAACCAACAGUUAUCAAGAAUACAAUUGCGUCGAAAUAAUGGAAAUCGUCCACCAAUACCUAAUAGAUGUUCUAGCCUAGAACGGCCAUCAGCAACAGUCAAAACUGAACCACCCAGUAGUCCACGGGGGAAACCUAAAUUACCGCUUCCAGCUCACUUAGCAAAAGAAUUAGUCACACAUCAACUCCAACAACCAAUGUAUGUAAACAUGCAUGAAUUGGCAAACUUAGCUGCUAGUCGUGCACAAGAAAUGCAGUUCCCUUUACCGCCUCCCCCUUCUUCAAUGCCAGCAUCAGGAAAUGACAAGGUCGAAGGUACAGAAAAAGAUGGAGGAAGUCAAACAUCGGAAUCAAGCGUGGAGUCAAGUAGUGGAUAUGGAAGUCAGACUACUUUACCGCAUUCCCAUUCUAUUCAUAAUCAGACUGAAAAUACUUGGAAUGUACCUGGAGCUGCGUCGACUUUACUUUCGCGUAGAGGAUCAAUGCAGCAAGCUACUAGGCCACCCCCACCGGCUAGACGUACGUCUACUAUUAUUACAGCUACCUUUAGUAGUCUUGUAAUUAAUCCCAAUGAAGAGAGCAUAGAAAAUAUUUGUGACGAUACUGAAAAUCUUCCACCACCGCCAGCAUUCCUAUUAGAGGGUUCUUCGCCCGUAGCAAGUCCUACUCCUCAACGAUCUAUUUCCGUAUCAGAAACAGUACGAACUUUGACAGAACUGCGUCAUACACCAGCUAGUCCUUCACUCUUACGCAAGGCUGGUGCACAAGGACACACUAACACUUCUAACGUAAUGCAACAUAGUACAAUAUUACAGACAGCUUGUACGUCUGUUGAACGUUCAUCUACUACUGCCCGUUCCACUUCAAAGGAACGCGGAACGCAUUUUACUCAAACGCAAAUAUCUACUGCCACAGUAAGCAAUCAAGGGCAAGGCCCUGGAGGUGUAGGUCAGAGUUUUAUGGCUGCACUCAAUGCAAAACUUAUUAAUAGUACAAGUGGUAAUAGCACUACUAGCAGCAGUCCAAAACCGGCAAGGAAACAUUCCACAGAUCAACAAAUGACCAAGAAUUCUAAAACAUCAUCUGGUUUUCUUGAAACGUUAAAUGCUAAGUUAGCACAACAACAACAGAAUCUUCAAGGGAACAAUGUAACGAGUAGGUCCGCCAGUGUCAGACGUAUUAUGGGUAAUCGUGUACCCAUUAUGGAUCCAACUCAAGUAAGAGAUUCUCUUAUGGAUCAAAUUCGACGGGGUACUUCUUUACGAAAAACCAGCGGUCCGAUUAAUGAUCGAUCUGCUCCCAAGAUCUGUUGAACGCUGAGGAAUGCUGUUUCGCGUAAGUUCCUCCGCUGUUUUAUUACGUACAGUGUUUAUACAAGGCAAUAUAUAAAAACAUCAAAACAUCUUUAUAUUGUCGCAUAUACGUCAGACUAUGACAAUACCUUUAAAAGUAUAUUUGCGUUAUUUAUGUUAUGAAUACCAAAACUUUCAUUUAUUGCACGAGUUACAUAUUUGUAACGAUGGAGCAAAUUUUUGACAGAGUUUAUUGUAAGUUAAGAAGAAACAUUAUGUUGAAUCUGCCUUGAAAGUAUUUAUAUUUAGCGAUACGUAAUAAUAAUAAUUAUUAUUAUAUAUAUAUACAUACAUACAUAUAUAUAUAUAUACACUUUUAUUUAAUUUGAAAUAGUAAUUAAGAUAAAUCGCUUCUCUAAGAUAAUUGCAAUCUCUGUAACUCCUGCAAUAAUUGAAGUAUAAUGGAAUUGUAUAGAAACUUUUUAGUUCAUUAUUAUGAACUUUUUGAAGAUUUAUAUUACAUGCAUUUUUUAUGAAGCCGAAAUCUUGCCGUACUACAGUGGGAUCUCGAUUAUUCGUUGAUUAUAUAAAUUGAAUCCGAGAUCUCGAUAGAAACGUUUUGUCUAAAAAACUUUGUCUUCCUCGUUUGUUCGUUAUUCACUAUAAGAUUUAAUAUCUAAAUACAUAUCUCAUUUUUUUUGAUGAUAUUGAUAUAUGGGUAUAGACGUGAAUUUAUCUACAUUGUAAAACGGAUAAAUUACAAAAAUAAAUUUGUUAAAAGAUGAAUAUAAACACAAAUAAAAUACAGCUCUUUCUUCAAUAAAUCAAGGGGAUGGUUUAAUGACGGACAGAUAUGAGAUCUUUGAUAGGUCGGUUCAAAACAAAAAUUUGCUUUAUAAAUCGUUCCAUUUUGAGAAUCAUCGUACUGUUAUAUUAAUAAGAACGUUUCUUGAACUAUAUAUAAAUAAUAUAGUUAAUAGCUAUGAUAGGAUCGAUUUUUACAAUCGGUCAAGCUUCUUGCGCUUUUUUUUUUCUUUUUACCAUACUAGUUUAAUGAAUAAUGAUUUUUUACGUUCCCGCGUACAUUACACGUGCAUAUUUCAUCUAUCGUAAGUUCAUUCUUCACGUAUCAUAAAUUUUUAUAAUCGGGAUUCCACUUGGUUUCUCUCUCUUUGAUAUUAAGUAAAUCAUUUAUAAUUACUUAAUUUAAUAGAAUAUUUUAUUUUUCUAUAAAACGCACAGAGAAUAAGAAAGAUAGGUGUAUUUUUAAAUAAUUUCUUUUUGUUAUCUCUUUUAGAAUUUAUUUUUUUUGGAGGUAGAGUGAGUAUUCUAAAAAAAUGUAUUGUUCGCCGUGUUAAUACUGUCGUUUGUAACGUAAAAAAAGUAAAAGUGGUAUAAGUAUUAACUAUGCUUUUUUUUUUAUAUAAUGUUCAAAAGAAUGAAUAGUUAUAUCUGUGUAGAAUUUAUCAAUGAAUUGGAUAUAAGUCAUUAUAACUUUAAUAUGAAAACUAUAACGAUAUUUUUUAUUUUAAUUCGCGCGUUGCAAAAAGUAAUAUAAAAGAAAAAAAAAUGGAAAAUGUUUUCAAUAUUGCAAAUAAUGUCUGCAUAUUUAAAGAAAAAAAGAAAGAAA